GCGUGUGAAGCGGAAUCACUACAACGUCUCUGUGCUUGUAGUUUAGCCAUAAACAGAGGAUUUCUCAUUCGUUCAUGUCCCCUGUUGGUGUGUGGACUUAAAAUUAUGCGUUGUAAGAUCGCACCGGGGCAAAGAUGCAAUGGAGGUCAAUAGUAGUUGGUCUAGUCGUACUGAGACUCUCUCUCAGCUGUGUAUUGUGGUUAGCCUUCGGACUGGGACCUAACGUUAGCUGGGGGUUCAACUUCCAUCUCAGUUUCAAUUUGCACAAAUUGGACUUGUUAUUCAGGGAGGAAAAGGGGACCGACCCGAGGGGUAACUCGUGGUCUCAGCGUAUACAGGGCCACAAAUAUGAAGAGACGGCGACCACCUGUGCAAAGGUUGGAGAGGAGUCAACCAAGAGAUCCUACCUGAGCUUCUUCGAUGGCAACAAGGACGAGUACGUCCGGAGGUACAGCUCCUUUCCCGACGCGCUGAAAGCGAAAAUGAAGGACAUGGCCAAAGAAAUGUUCUACUUCGGAUAUGACAACUACAUGAAAUAUGCCUUUCCUGAGGACGAGCUGAAUCCCAUUGAUUGUGAAGGGAGGGGACCAGACGUCCUAAACCCGUCAAACAUCAACAUAAAUGACGUCUUGGGGAACUACUCCCUUACACUGAUUGACACCUUAGACACUCUAUUGGUGCUUGGCAAUGUGACAGAGUUCCAGAGAGCCGUCAAGCUGGUUAUAGAUACUGUAUCUUUUGACAAGGAUUCAACUGUGCAAGUUUUUGAGGCAAACAUCAGGAUCUUGGGAAGCCUUAUCUCAUCUCACAUCCUGCUGACUGACCCAAAACAUCCGUUUGGCAAGGUGGGCCUUGAAGGUUACGAUAAUGAGCUGCUUCACUUGGCUCAUGACUUGGCUGUCCGUCUGCUGCCGGCCUUUGAGAACACCAGCACAGGCAUUCCUUACCCCAGGGUGAACCUGAAGACUGGGGUCCCGCCUGAUAGCAUCAAUGAGACUUGUACUGCAGGAGCUGGGUCCCUAUUGGUGGAGUUUGGGAUUUUGAGCCGCUUGAUUGGUGAUUCCACAUUUGAGUGGGUGGCCAGACGAGCUGUCAAAGCUCUGUGGAAGCUGAGAAGCAAUGAAACCGGUCUGUUAGGGAAUGUGGUUAAUAUCCAGACAGGCCAGUGGGUUGGAAAGCAGAGUGGUCUUGGAGCUGGCAUGGACUCUUUCUAUGAGUAUUUGCUCAAAUCAUACAUCCUUUUUGGCGAGAAAGAGGACUACAGGAUGUUUCAAGCUGCUUAUGAGAGCAUACAGAACCACCUGCGGAGAGGGAGAGAGUCCUGUAAUGAAGGAGAGGGUGACCCACCUCUCUAUGUUAAUGUGAACAUGUUCAGUGGUGAGAUCAUGAACACCUGGAUUGACUCUCUUCAGGCCUUCUUUCCUGGGCUGCAGGUGCUGAAUGGUGAUGUAGAUAAUGCCAUUUGCCUGCACGCCUUCUACUAUGCCAUCUGGAAGCGCUUUGGGGCUUUGCCAGAGAGAUACAACUGGCAGCUGCAGGCUCCUGAUGUGCUCUUCUACCCCUUAAGACCAGAGCUGGUGGAGUCAACCUAUCUGCUGUACCAGGCGACCAAAAAUCCUUUCUAUUUGCAUGUUGGAAUGGAUAUUCUUCAGAGCCUUGAGAAAAAUGCCAAAGUCAGAUGUGGGUACGCCACUCUCCACCAUGUUGUGGACAAAUCCAAAGAGGAUCGCAUGGAGAGCUUCUUCCUCAGUGAGACCUGCAAAUACCUUUACCUGCUGUUCGAUGAAGACAACCCACUUCACAAAUCGGACAACAAGUACAUCUUCACCACAGAGGGCCACGUCGUGCCUAUAGACAAGCGCUUCAGGGAGAAGCAGUGGAAUGACUUGUUUCCAUGUGAGGAGGGAGCGCUGGCAGAGAGGGAACCAAACACCCGGCCACCCCCGAGCAACAUCAGCAAUUGUAACAGGAUCCCAGAGGAGCGACGGUACACUCUGCCAUUAAAGAGUGUCUACAUGAGGCAGAUCGAUCAUAUGGUGGGACUCUUCUGAGUAAGAGGAUGCAUGUGGUGACACUGGCAUGAAGCAGCCUUCAGUACACCCCCGAGGUGCAGAUGCAGUGAGGUUAGAAGAGAUCCGCCGUUGGUAAAAAUCCUGGCCCCAUCGGUUCCACUGCUCAGGAUCCAGACAGUAAAGUGACACUAAAGGAAACCUGAGAAAGCAGUUUAAUUACUUGCUGUAUUAAUUAAAAGUGUCUGUGGGUGUUUUUUGCUCUUUGGUGCGCGAGCAGGUAGUCAACAAAGGCGAACAACUUUGCUGCUGGGAAACGAGGAGUCAUGCUUCACUACUUUUUGACUGGUGAUGAAUUGAGAUUGUGGAUUUAGAAUAACUGGUGUGUUUCUGCGAAGCAAAACGGUGUGUGUUCAGGUAUGAGUGUGUAUACAUUGUGUGUAUGUGUUGAAAUUACAGCUAAGCUGUGAAUCAUACUAUUGUGUUUAUGGGAACAGUGCCAUCUAGCCACACAUAUGUAAAAUGUAUAGCCUAUAAAAACUCACCUCUGAAACUUUUUUCUCUGAACAAGAUGAUGAGUGCCUCUUCCCAGUUGAUUCACUUGACUAGAUCAGUGCUUUUACAUAAGGGCUGCACAUUAACAGAUAAUAACAGGUGAUGACUUAUGCACACACUGUAAAACUCUGCUUCUUGCGUCUUCGUCUUCUUGUACCAUGUUUUAGAUGGUGCCUGUUGGAACUUAGUCUUUUGUAGGCCUGAGGCUGGUUUUCCAAAAUGUUGAAGCAGUUGUCAUGUCUCUCUCACUCUACAUAAUUCCUCUUUUUCCUGAACAGGAUUAACCAUUUUGCAGCUACUUUAGAACUUAGCUUCUGUCUUGCUUUUGUUUUGCACAUUUGUCAAGUAAAACUUAACAGGGAGUAACAGACGACAUGAACCCAAACUGCUUCCUGCAUGUUAGCUGUUAACACAAUUUCUGACAAUACAGAUGAGAACUGACAUGUUCAUCUCUCAGGCUUCUAGUUACUCGAUGUCUUACAAAAGGGCAAACAGAUGUGCCAUGACUAUGUUUGAGAGAAGGGUUCAUGAUGACUCUUGCUGUUUUAAAGUGCCUUCUAAUGGUCUUGGUCUUUGUGGAUGCUGUACAGUGCAUAUUAGGUGUGGUUCACAUUGUCAUUGAUUAUUUUUUUUAAGCCACUGUUGAUAUUGCACAAUAGGUGUCAUUCCAUGUGUAUGUACAGUUUUACACUGAUUAUGACAUAAAGCUCCUUUUUUUUUUUUUUUUUUUUGACAAAACAAGCCAUAAAAUGUAUUUUAAUGUUAAUAAGUGAAAACCUGUUUGUUUUCCAUCUUUUUUCUGUCAGAGACAUAUCUAGUACACAGACUCUUUUGCAUAGUUUCUGGUUUAUUCUUAGAGGUUGUCAUUUGCUGUUUCUCUUUCACAUAAUUGCACAUCAUAUCUAAUAAUUAUCAUGUGGUGAAAACUCAGGGUUUAAAGGACAAACAAAAAUCAAUGAAUGCUUUCGUAAAAAAAAAAAAAAAAAAAAAAAAAAUUAAACUUUCUUGAAAUGUUGUUGCCUACAAUGUCUUAGGAUAGCCUUAGGUAUUUAUAUUGCAAAUGUUACAACUUGUUUAUCUGAGGUUGAAGAACAACCGCACUGAACUGAAGUACAGUUGUACUGUGAAUAUUCAUUAAUGUCCCAAACGCAGAAAAGUAAAUCUCUCCUUAACUUUGA